UAAACUUGCGGCAUGCUUGUCAUCAAUUUGCCCUGGAACAAAUCCAAAUUCAACGCGAACAAUUAAAAAAAAUAGGAUUAUUCACUGAUUACCAGAAAUAUUAUCUUACUCUGGAUAAAGAAUACAAAGCCGAGCAAAUACGAGUUUUUGGAAGCAAAAUUCCACUUUUGGAAAAAUGGCAAGGAAAAAAAAUAAAAGUAGAAAAAAUUUUUUUAGGAGAAAAACUAUUGGGUUUAACUUAUUUUCAUCCUUAUCAAAAAGGUGCUAAGGGAUACGUUGUUGAUGGCAGUGAUUUUAUUGAAGAGAAAGAAGGCACAGGCAUAGUUCAUUUAGCACCAGCUUUUGGAGCCGAGGAUUUUGCGAUGGCUAAAAAAGAAAAGUUGAUAAUUGAUUGUCCUCUCGGACCUAAUGGCUUAUUUAAUGAAAAAAUUGGAGUUUCAGAAAUAGUUAACAAACAUUAUUCAGAAGUUAAUAAAUACGUUGUUGCCGAUUUAGAAAAAAGAAACUUAAUAGUAAAAAAAGAAAUAAUUACUCAUAGUUAUCCUCACGAUUGA